AUGUCGCGCGUCUCGCACCCCUUGUACAAUGCUUUGAUCCGCACGCACCACAUCACCUCUCGGAAGAAGGUUGCCAAUCUGAAGAAAGCCGCCGACAAUCAUGGUGUGUAUGCUUUGCUGUGCAGUGGAGGCUGUCCUGGAAUAAUGUAUGCCGAGGGAAGCGCCAAUGGCGUGAAGGAGUGGGUGUCGUCAGUCAAUAGACUCCGAUACAAGGAUUACCAACUGGCCGUUCGCCCAGCGCCUAUCACGCCGGAGAAUGAUGCCUCCGGAAUUCGCGACGUCCAAGUUGGUUUGUUCGAGGUCGGGACGGUAAAAGAAUUCGGUGCCAUCAUGCAGCAACGAAGCGUCUGGUCCUGGUGGAGGAAAGGCAUGGGAUACGUUGCCGAAGAUAACUAG